AUUCCUGCAUCAUUGGUUCCAUGUGAAUGGCUUUUUCAGGGGGGUGCAGAGACAGCCACCAACAAACGCUCUCAUCUAGGUGCAGAACAUUUUGAACAGCUGCAAAUGCUCAAGUUUUCGUGGCGUAAGUCUCUCAUCAAUUUGGCCCAAGCAAACUCAGGUGUUGUUGAGGAGGUCUUGCUAAACAAGUAUAAAGACCUCCUUCUCGUGGAUGAGGACAUGGCUGAUUGGGAGAAUGAAGCCGGCGAAGUCCAUAGUACUACAUAG